AUGGCAGAUACCGAAGCCGGCAGCGCGCCUGUUGCCAUUUUCAAGAAACGCGGUGCAAAGGGCAAAGCGAAUAUUCGCAAGAGACCAGCGACGCCCCCCCCAGCCGCGAGCGAUAGCGACAGCGACUAUUCAUCCUCAGAGGACGAGUCCGGACAGCGGGUGAAGAGACGGAAGAAGACAGCCGUCGUCACCGCUGCAGCAAGAGGAGCUGCAUCCACAAACAAAGACACAUCUGCCGUCAUCUACACAGCUGACAGGAGCGUGCCCAUAGCCGACACUAACGACGCGACGAAACAUAGUAACUGGUACGACGAGGAUGCAAAGGAUGCCCUGUCAACCAAGAAUCUUCUCGGGUCGGCAGCGAGAGUGUCUAAAGAUGGCCAGCCCGACGGCACGUACAAGGGACUGGCAAACCAGACGUCGUUUAUACAGAGAAACCCAGACGCUCCCCGGAAGACGGUCGGUCCUAUCAAGGCACCCACGAACAUCCGUACAGUUACGGCGGUAGAGUAUAAUCUUGGCAUCUGUAAAGACUAUCAAAAGACGGGACACUGCGGUUUCGGGGACGGGUGCAUUUACCUCCAUUCGCGGGAUGAUAUGAAACAAGGUUGGCAGUUGGAUCUUGAAUGGGAAAAAGUGACCAAAGGCAAGAAGAAUCUCGGCGGAACCGUAGUGGCCAGCGCGAGCCGGGACCGGGCAAAGGAAGAAGAAGACGACGACGACGAUUGGGCAAUUCUGGAGACCAUUCCGUUUGCCUGCAUCAUCUGCGAGGAAUCUUACAAGGAGCCCAUAGUCACGCGGUGCGGACACUAUUUCUGCUUACCGUGUGCCCUUCAGAGAUAUAAGAGGGACCCAUCUUGUGCGGCGUGCGGUUCAGGGACAAAUGGAGUGUUUAAUUCAGCAGCAAGGCUGAAGAAGCUGCUUGAAAAGAAGCGCCAGCGGAUGGCGAGGAGAAGACAGGAAGCGAUUGAGAGGGGUGAAGAAGUGAGUGACGAGGAGGACGAGGAGAAAUGA